GUGGGAUGAGAUCAAGGGUCUGCGUUGUCAACAAAGCUUCACCAGCGUGACGUUUGGAAGCGAGGGUUUGUUUUUGUGUAGCGAGUGUUGAACCCAACCGUAGAAGGGGGGGGAUAUUAUGAUUAAGUCGAGUUGUUUAAUAGGCGACAGAAGUGUUGCAAGCGAGCGACUAUCCAAGCUACCAAAUCAACCGUAUCCAGGUCGAUUGUGGCAGGUUGAUUAUGGUAGUGGAGAGAAAGACACGAAGGGAAGAGAAACAAGCAGUCGAGCAAGGGUAACAAACACAGAGCAACGAGCAAAACAGAGGACAGAAUCCACGCAGCAAACAGAAUGGAGAGAAGAGGAGGAAGAGAAAAGACGAGGCCCAAGAAGUGCAUUGACUAGUAGGAGUGACGGCGACUCUUUUUGUGACUGUAUGGGUAACAAGUACAGUACUGGGGUACUGUAUCCAGCCAAUCAGGACUGUCCUUAUGGUUAGCGUCCUGCGAUCAACUGAAGUUGUCGUAUUGAACUUAUCACGGUGUAUGAUGAUCAUACCAGAAUUACCAACAGUACAGUACCAGGGUCCGCUUUGUUGUUAUUUUUCCCAUUAAGUUGAGGAUUUUCCUUCCC